CAAAGCAAGCUGCUGGUGGUGAGAACUAUAUUUUGCACUGUGAAGUGUCUCUCACAACCCUUCUCACCUCACACACAUCACCAGCUUCUUGUUGUUUUCUCUGCUGGAGGCCGUUCCUACACAUCACCUCCACGACGUGUGAACCACACCAUGGCAUCUCCUCGACGCACCAAGAAUUUUGCUCAAGAUGCUCAAACUCCAAUAUUCCUGUACAUGAUUCUCAAGCAGCUUGAUCUUCGAUCAACUGACUGGAACCAAGUGGCAGAUGGUCUGGACAUCUCGAACGGUCACGCCGCACGAAUGCGAUAUAGCCGAAUGAGGACUCAGUUCGAAGGAAUUGUGAAUCAGUCAAAGUCGAUCAAGCCGAAGAAGGAGAAGGAGAGACCUGUCAAAGACAAAGCAAAAGGGAAGAGGCAGCUCUUGGAAGAAGAAAGCGAGAGACUUGGAAACGAGCAAAGCCACAUGGGAGGAUAUGACCAACAACAACACAACGCUCAAAAGAGGGUCAGACUAGAAUCAAGUUUCUUCGGAAACCCUACCUGGACGUCCUCCGUCAUGCCUAGUCAGCAGUAUGCAAGCGGCUAUUGGGAUCAACCAACUAUCAAAAGCGAACCAGUAUACGCAGCGAAGUCGCAGGCACCACUGAUCAAAAACGAACCUGACACAUCAAUCGCUGUGAAUGAGGCCUCCGUUUCUGAACAGCCUAUCAAGAAGGAGCCGUCUAUCACGCAGGACCAGCCGAUCAAGGAGGAACCAAGCACAGCACAUGUUGACAAUCAGAUACGUGCUCCGGUGGUCGAUGCGGUCAAAAAUGAACCGGAUACAAUUGCGAUGAAGCAGGAGCCGAUGAUUACUCCUGCGUACUACUAUCCUACCUAUGUCAGCGGUUAUGGUACCAACAACGGAGCUGAUGCAUAUACCAACGCUCAGCGUGCCAUGGGGUACUACAGUUCCCACACCAUGCCAAUGACCACAGCGCCUGUCUAUCAGGUGAGCCAGCCUCACAACCAUUAUUCGUGGCUUAGUCCGCGACAAAAUGUCAACCAGUGGUCGCAGCCGACUGUCCAUUCUGGAGUAAUUUCAGGCUCGGCAGAUCAUAUAUUCGACAACGACAUCGGUCUGAAUCCACUUGCCACCUCAUACGAGGAGUUGCUGAACAUGCCGUUGUACUUUGAACAACAGCAGAAACCUGGCUUGACAACAACAGAAUCGUACGCAGGCCAGCUUGCACCACAGCAUGCCAUCAGUGCCCAAUCGGAGAACAACCUUUCGGAAAAGCAAGCGACUGAAAGGAUAUCAUCGCCGGCUAUGCCAUCCGUCGAAACCGGCACAACAGCAAAAAGUGACUUUCAACCUAACACAACGACUUCAAUCACACCUUCGAUUGAACCCACGCAAACAAGGGAAGCAGAACUUCACGUCAGCAGUGAGCGGCGCUCCGUAGCCAGUGUCACCAAAACAAGUGCCGACGCUGAACAUGUACUUGAUACUUGUCCUUCCGCAACAAUUGUCGAUACAGCCAAAAUGUUCAUCAAAUGUGAGCCGGUAGAGAUCUUGGACCUUGAUCGAUGAGAUGCAGUGGCUGUCGGAAUUGAGUAUGGCGAGCACGUUGCAGGAGGCUCAAAAUGUGUACGAAGUGUAUUGGAACGA